AUGUCAAACCCAACUUCAUUCCACCAGUUCUCCAGAUUGCCACAAGAGAUAAGACUUAUGAUCUGGGAAUUUACUUGGCCAGGGCCUCGGACAAUCCAUGUUAGUCGACAAUUAUGCCCUCGCUGUCUGUUUGAUGGGGAUAUUCUCUUAGGUGAUGUAAAUACCUGGAAAGAGUGGACUGGUGUCGACCCAGAUGACUGCGGUGGUUGCUCCCACUAUCUCUACGCUUCCACCCCUCACGUGAACUUUCAUGAUCUACCUUUCACACUCGUCCGAUUGCACCGUCCGGAAAACCCCUUAGCGCUCAGUGUAUGUAGAGAGGCAAGAAAUGUAUCCAGACAAAGAUUCAGGCUUGCAUUUGGUACACCAGACUUAUUCUUUGAUUUCGAAGCAGAUUCUAUAUUCCUUGAUGAUCCUCCGCUUCGCUAUAUCAUCGGCUAUGAUGGCGCCAGAAAUGAUGACCUAAUUAAAUGGAAAGAGGGCCCGGAAAUCAGACUCCCGGAGAGCUUGGUUUAUAAGGACCUAAUGAAGGUCCAAAAUAUCGUUGUGAGUGCUGAAAUGGGAAUAUCUAUUUCCCGAGAACCAGAGUCCCCACAGGAUCUUACCAAGGUUUAUCGCGGUGGGGUAGUACUCAGAGAGUACCUACGAUAUUUUAAAAGCCUGAAAGUAUGUACCGUGAUGGGCGAGCCUCUUUUCAGCUGCACUAUAUGGGAACCUAGGGUUCCCUGUCUUGACACAAUCCCGCUCAAACUAGACGAGUUGAAUAGUAUAGGGAAUUCCCUAACACUCAAGAAAGCUAUACAAAAAAUGCUGGUAGAGUUCGCGACUGAGGAACUGCUAGAGGAGGAGGAGGCCUAUGGCGUUCCUCUUAUUCAGCCUGUAAAAUACUGGUUGGACGAGACAGAAGCAUAA